UCGUGCAAUUGACGUUUUAAAAAAUAGAGAAAGCACUUGAUGCAUACGUUACAUAGCACUUCGUACGACAAACUGUUCACACUGACAGACAGACAAACUACUACAGCAAAUUCCGGCUCACCCUGUCAUAAUUAACAUUUUGUUCCGUCGUUCAUGUGCCUAAUGUUUUCAUUUUUCCCACUGUACUUGAAUACAGCACCGGUUUACGCCUCGAAACGCUUGCAAGAUGCCAAGGGGUUAUACGGCAUUUUAGCUACAUGAAGAACAGCAUUUCAUUAGUAAAACUAUAUAACGUUGCCGGCUCAGAAUGGACGAAGAUGCGGAAGUGCGAAAAUGUCAUCUUCUGGACUUGCCAUGGGAGGAUGUACUAGUUCAACAUAUUUUGUGUUAUUUGCCAUUGCGACACCUGGUCAGCCUCCAGAGAGUGAGCAAGCAGUUUCACAGCCUCAUCCAGGUGUAUCUAGCCAAAUGUCGGACUUUUGAUCUGUCCCAGAUUGGUCCUUGCAUUCCCAAGGAGGCAUUUUGCUCCAUGUUAAAGGACAACAAAGUUCUCCAAACCCUGUCACUACAGAACUGCUCAGAUUGGGUGACAGACAAGGAGCUGCUGCCAGUUAUUAGCCAGAACCAGCACCUGCUGAGAGUGGACAUGAAGGGGUGCGUUCGGCUUACCCGCCACUCCCUGGUGGCUGUGUCCUUGAGCUGCAGGCACCUACAGCACCUGGGCCUGGCGCACUGCGAGUGGGUGGACAGCCUGUCCCUGCGCAGCCUGGCUGACCACUGCGGGGGGCUGCAGUCUAUCGACCUCACCGCCUGCCGCCAGCUCAAGGACGAUGCCAUCUGCUACCUGGCUAAGAAAUGUCACGAGCUGAGGUCUCUGUCUGUGGCAGUCAACGCCAACGUCACUGAUGAGUCUGUGGAAGAAGUGGCCAAAAACUGCAGGGGCCUGGAGCAGCUGGACCUGACAGGCUGCCUGCGGGUUAGGAACCAGUCCAUCAGGACUGUUGCAGAGUACUGCCCGAAGCUGCAGUCCCUGAAGGUGAAUCACUGUCACAAUGUGACCGAGUCCAGCCUCGAUCUCCUACGGAAGAGGAAUGUAGAGAUUGAUGUUGAGCCGCCCUUACAGAGGGCCCUGGUACUUCUGCAAGAUGUGGUGGGCUUUGCCCCGUUUAUCAAUCUUCAGAUAUAGCCAAAGAGCCAUCUAUCCAUCCAGCGAGUGUAAACAGGUUUCGUCGUCAAAGCAGUUGAUCCCUUUCAGCUGCAUCUUCUAGGUGUAUCAGUUAUGAAAAGCGAUUUCAAGACAAGAAGACAUGGAUUUGUACAGUUUGUGGGGAAAUGUGUUGUGGAAAGAAACUUUGUUGGGGUGUGAUGAAACAUUCCUAUCUCAGAUGCCAUUGAAAAUAAUUCUAUGACUGAAGAAAGCCAUGCACUUUUCAGAAUCGCUGCCCCAUGUCCAAAAGAUACUAUCACUGCACUAUUCUUAUUUACUCAGUGUUGUAACUUGUGGCUUUUUAAGAAGGGCAAACUUAACCAAAGUACCGUGUAUUGUUUUUUUUUUUUUUUUGUUUUGUUUUGUUUUUUCUUUUUUUGGAGGGGAGUAGGGUGUUUUCUCUUUAAACAAAGUACAUGUUUUACUUUGUAUAUAUUGUUAAGCUUGUUGCAUUGUAAGAAACAUUAACUCUUAUGUUUCAUUUAGAAACAUUUUGAAAUGUUUGAGUUCAAUUAAACAUGUUAUUUUGCAUGCAUAUGCUAACUUGAUCCAUAGUAUAGAUAUCUGUUUAAUAGAUAGGUAUAGCCUAUACAUAAUUUUAAAUAAUUUUAGGAUUUUGUAAUGUAGCAUUAAAUCUUGAAAACAUAGUCCUGGACAGUACUUUAUGGAUUUGAGAACAACAAAGUGGAAAGUGAAAUUACAUCAGAAAAGACUCAUAAUAUCAGUUCCAUCAACCUAAUUCAGUUAGAUAGGCUUUUUGCAGAAUCCACAAAAUAUGUAUUAGAACAGCCACUUUUACCUUUGUUGAAACAUUCAAUGUAUCCCACACUUUAUUAUAUUGUUGUACUGUAUAUAAUACACAAAUUGCUGUAUGUAAUUAUAAAGUAUUUGCAGUAG